GUUAUGGAAAACUGAGGAAAAUCGGUUGAGGUUAUCAAAAAGCAGGAGACUAAUUUUUAAGUUUAUACCCGGUCCUGGCCAGUCCAGGUAUGAUGAAAGUGCCAAAUAUUGGGACAGCGAUAUUGAAAAUGAUUUUUUUCUGGCUUUUCUUCAACGACAACAAUGGACGCUCCUGCUGAUUACGACAUUAAAGAUUAUGCCCAGUUGACCAACAACUGGAGCAAAGAUCCUACGGCAUACUUGGAUCGUUAUUACUCGCUUUAUUACAAAACGGUAGAUACCGAGGCCGAUCCUUUAGCCAACAGCGUAUACGUUCGACAAUCACCUAAUAAAGUUUGCGUUCUCGGUAUUGUCAGUCCUUCCACAGAUAUUGUUAAGGUCGUAUUGAACAAAAAUUUGGUUGGAGAGAAAGUAAAAAAGAACACGAUUCUUUGUGAAUUUAAGGAUGCCCAGGAUAAUGUGGUGGGACAUGUUAAGGCUGAAAUGGAAGGUAAAUUGUUGGAGCUGAAUAGUCGUUUAGAAAAGGAAGGAACUAGCUUACUAGCUAAUGGACAUCAUAUGGACACUGGUUUCAUUGCGAUAAUUCUGCCAAGAGUAGACGAUACCAAGGUUCAAUUAAAAGGCUACCAAACAGAGCAAGAAUACAAGGCCACACAAACUGCACGAAUUGUGAAUGAAAGCAGCCGCCCGAAUUUAGAAACUAAAUCUUCUUGCGUUAUUUCAUAAUUAAACAAAACCAGGAACCCAUAAUAAAGCCGAUAGAAAAGUGAAAACAAAUGUGAAAUAAAAAUUAAUAUAACGACAAUAUAUGUAAGUGGUAAAGAGGUCAACCUAAACUGUACAGAGAUGAAUCUGCAGUAUUAGCAGCAUAAUCGCAUAGAGUACGUUUUUGCGUAUUCUACGAUGUGCAUACUCGUAAAGAUAUACGCUAUAAGUACAUCACGAUCUCCUAC